ACUUGAAGGCGGGAUUACGACUAAAGCCACGUUUUGACACCACGUAUUUUCUUGAGGUCUGUAUGUAUUAUAACAUAUUGGUAUUUAUAACAACUGUUCAUCUCCCAUAAAAUAUUUCCUUCCACUUAGACCAUGUGCCAGUCAAAUGUGUUGAAAUCAAGAAUUGCAUACAGUAUUAAAGUUUAUGUUCUCAUGUUUUCAAAUGUCACUGAGAUUUGUAAUUCUAUAUUAGAUUUGUGAUUAACUUACCGGACUCACUUUAAUAUUGUCUGCGCAUUAAGUAUACGCGAUGUCGUACUCCGUCAAAUUUUAAUUACCUAGUAUUUCUUUUGAGAUAUAAGUCGACGACCCAUUGUUUCCAACGCAUUUUCCCCUUUAUUAGUUGGUUGGGGUGGUUUUCCUCUUAAACGGUGGUAACUUUGAUCACUCAGAAUUCAGUGGAUAUAGACGUUAUAGGUGUUACCUCUGCCCGACGCUUAGAAAUCUUUAUAUAGACAGGUGACCUUGUCAAUUGCUAACUUAAAACCAUAAGUUAUCGACAUCUUAACAAUAAUAAUUAAUGAUAGUAACGUCAAAAUAAAUUAAAUUUUUAUUAAAUACUUUUAAAAGCUAAUCGAAAGAUAGCGACAGUUUUCGAAAAUGCUCAUCGGGAGGUUAGAAAGUCAUACUGCGAGAUAGAUCAAGCAAGUAGUCAAUGUUAUGUUUAUUCUAGACGAACUACGAUACGCGUUUGGAAUUCCAUCAUGUCUAAAUAACUUUUGCAACUACAGCGGGAUUAUUAAGCCAGAACUAAUUUAGAUAGUGUGUUCAAGUCUUUAACAUUUACACAUCUCCAAAGCAGCAAAACGUCUAGUAUAGUCACGUAUCCAAAUGCAAAUGUUCAUACUACACGUCGCCAAUGCUAAAACGUUUUCAAGUCGAAACUUUCAGAUCAACUUGUGUGUAAACGCUAUGUUGAAAAUUUGAAUGUUAUUCGAAAAUAAAGCUCAGUAACUAGCUCCGAAGAUGGUUGUAUAUCAUGAUCGAAACCUAAUCAUCAACUACAUUCCAACAUCAAUUACAGAUGCUGAUUUGACCAACUUGUUCUCAUCUGUCGGUGCCAUUAAAACUUGCCGGAUAAUUCGAGACCGAAAUAGUGGGUCCAGCUUUGGCUUUGGGUUUUGUGAGUAUGAAGAUUCCGACUCGGCUCAUAAGGCUAUCACACGCUUUAAUGGUUACCGAAUCGCCGAUAAGAUUCUGAAAGUUUCACUAGCUAAGCUGCAAGGACGACUUUGUCAAAGCUCAAAUUUAUACGUUAAAAAUUUUCCACCUACACUCACCGAACACGAUUUGACAACAGAAUUCGGACAGUUUGGUCCUAUUGUUCAGUGUCGUAUAUUGCGUGAUCACGAUACGAAUGUUUCUAAGGGGAGUGCCUACGUACUGUUCGAGAAUCCUGCUGAUGCCGAAGCAGCAAAGCGUUCUCUAGAUGCACGUAUCUGGCCUGGAUCUACAGAUAAUCAGAUGUUGUCUAUAAAGUUUGCCACUCCACCUUAUCGACAAUCGGUUAGUUUGACAAAAUCCAGGAACAACUUCAGAAGACCAUUUUUGCAUCAACAAAAUCUGCGAAACGGUCAGUUAUCUGCUCACUUAUCGCAAUCAAAGCCUCCAGUCCCUGAAGUUUAUACACCCUCCUGUCCACAGUUACCUUACAUUCCUAACAAUUUAUGUACAGCAUUGGCCCAGUCUGUCCAGGGGUCACUAUUGCAGUCUCCUGUUAUCCAACCACAACUAAAUCCACAGGGUCUGUUAUGGAGUAAUGAUUAUCCCAAUACUGAGUAUCAGAACCCCUCUUCUGCCUUAAAUGUAACUUCUGGUUACUUGGCCCCUUACUUCUACUCACAACAACCUUAUCCAAAUCUUUGGCUACCUCUUCAACAGAACUAUCUUAACCAAAUCCCUUUGAAUACUUUAUGUACAAAUCAGUUGGAAAGUUAUGGAAAUUCAGUUCAAGGUUGUCCUAUAAUUACCAACGUUCAAAAUACAUUUUAUCCUGCUUCAAGUCAGCAACAAUCUAAUUUACCUACUAAGAUAUCUGAUGUAACUUGUAAGCAAUCAAACGACUUUUCUCAUUUCGGUCGACCGAAAUCCACUAAAAUUGACAAAAACGAAUCUACAUCUGUAUACAUAUAUAAUAUUGGAAACAUGACUGAAGCACAAAUAUUUGUUCUGUUCUCGCAGUUUGGACCAAUCUUAAAUGUUUCUAUACCGAAAGAUUACAAAACAAAUUCCUCCAGAAACUUCGGUUUCGUUACGUAUAGUAAUUUUCAAAGUGCCCAAAACGCUAUAGAUAUAAUGAACGGAUCACUUUUAUCUGGUAGGCGACUACAGGUUUCAUUUCGUCAAAGUAAAGGAAAGUGGACUAAAUAUGGAAGUCUCAGUAACAGUAAUACUUUGGAAAAACCUGUUUCAAAACAGAAAGGGGACAUUCCAGACUCUGGAUGCCACAGUCCGCAGUUGUCAAGUGAGAAAUUAGAUGUUACUAAUAUUUUACCUUCCAACAAUCUCCAAGUUUCAGAGACGAUCGAGGCACUUGGGAAUUUGAAUAUAUCUAAUGGAAGCAAUAUGGCCUCCUCUAAAGUCUAACAAAACUGUGUAAACUAUACAUCAAAAAGUUAAUUUACUAGACUAUAUGAGCACGAACGUAUUUUUUCUUGUGAAACAUUUACUUCACUAAUUUCAAUACAUUUUCCGUAUAAAUGAAACCAUGUACAUAUAUAUACAAUAUUAAUUUUACUGACGAUAAAUGUUUAUUAUUACG